GCCGGUCUCGAUGCGUCGUUGUUUCGGUUAUUUAUUAUAGUGAUACGCACCUUUUUAAUUAAAAUACAGUUUAAUUAAUGGAUUAAAUACACUUUAACUAAUUAACAGGAAACCCAAUCGUCAGUGGAGUGCAAAAUGAUGUUGUCCAGAAAUGGAAUGAUACACCCUUGCAUCAAAGAGGUAAUUUUUAUUACUGGGGUUCCACAAAAACCCCGUCCAAUAACAAAAAGGGUUUCUGAGCUGCCUUCACUCCGAUAUGGACCAAUAGGAGCAAAGACCACAGGCACUGGACCACUAAGAGUUACAUCACACUAUAAUUCCGAUACAUUUCCUAAGAGGUCAUCGAAAAACACAAAUGGAAAUGGAUACAGCUCAGUGGAUGAUCUGGAUUCCAAACCACGGAUGACCCGCCGCGUGCGCUUCAGCCUUCCGCCAGCAGAUGGCGACGAGGAGGCGUCUGGUGGCGUCGAGACGUCCUGCAAGAGCGGCGACCGCGGCUGGACUACGCGCGUCUCUUUCAGUCGACGAUCGGACGUCGCACGCAGAUCCGAGAGUGCCGCGAAAUUUUCAACAUUUGUCAACAACAACGUUGAUUCAGUUUCGAAAAGAACGAAUCGUACAUCGUACACAUUGUCCAGCAAUUCUGGUUCCGUGGUCCAAGUGACCGCCAGUCCUGGUCCAAGAAUCCGGGUUCAUCCUACCGGAAGGUACGUGAAGGGCACGCUGUCUCCGACGGCGAACGCCGGUCCUCAGGCCGCCUCCUCGCCUGGCGGGGAGGCCCUUCUCCGAGCGGCCAGGGACGGAGAGGACGGAGCGCUGAGGGAAUAUUUGAGGAGGGCCGCGCUGGUUGGCAUACCCGAGGCGGAUUUGAAUGCAGUGGACGGCAGCGGGAGGACGGUGUUAAGUCACACAGCCUCAAAUGGUUCAAUUGAUUUGUUGGAAAUUAUUCUCCAAUUGCCAGGAUUGGAUCCGAAUAAGGCUGACAAUGAAGGAAAUACUCCAUUGCAUUUUGUUGCUCAAGCAGGGCAAAUUGAAUGUCUUAAUUGUAUGCUGAGUCGAUGUAGAGGAAUAGAAAUAGACGCCAGAAAUUACCUAGGAUUUACACCGCUAAUGAAAGCUGCCCUGCAAGGAAGAAAUAAAUGUGCCAAGCUUCUACUUUUUGCGGGUGCGAAUCCCACAUUACGAGACAACGGACGUGGUUUCAGAGCAGACCAAUGGGCGCGUUUUUGCGGACGAUACGUGUGCGCCGACGUAAUUGAAAAACAUGCUCGUCAGCGUCUUUUAGAGCGGUCCACAUCUUAUGGUAACUGGGGAGGAGAAAAUGAAAUUGGUGCCCGGGUUCUUAUGGGCAAAGUGGUACCUGUUCCACCGAUGCCACAACAAACAUCUCAUGGGCUUAAAUCCAAACUUCGUAAAGUUUUUCGCACGUCUUCCGGACCUGGAAACACCACUGAUGCGUAUUCCAGUGCCAGAUUAGUGACUCAAUUGACAUCGGCCGCCCUUUGCGCCAGCUCUCCAGUUCUUCCAUCUGCACCAACAGUACCUCCAGUGGUUAAGUCACUGCUCCGGCCCAUUACCGUACCCAGGCUUCAGAUAACACUUGUCAACAAUAACGGCGAUUUUCCAAAUAAUAACAUCAGUAACGGUGUAUCAAAGGCUCCCCCUGUAGUUCAGUGUACCAGCAAUGGAAAAACAGUUGAAGAAGCUGCCAUACAAAAGCCCGUGAGGAUGAAAAAGAAAAAGUAGCAUGAAUGCCAUCUCUGCAAAUGGUAGAGCAACUUAAGACUUGAUGAGACUGUUUUUAUCGUUUUUGUAAUUGAAAUAUUACAUUAUAUUAUUGGUAAAUACCUGUCUAAAUUUACUGUUAGUUCCCUUAUUUUAUAGUUAUCAAUAUCUGUAUUAAUGAUAAUUAUCAAUUACUGAAAAAAACAUAUUACAAAAGUAUCUUAGCUAACAAGUAGCUGUCUUUUCAAUUACAAUCUGAUUCGUUUGUAACAUUUGGGGAGCGCAAGAACUUUGUGGUCGAGACCAAUAAAACAAGGUGUGAUAAAUUUAACAAGGUCAAUUAUAUCAAUAAAGAUAUGAAUGAUGGGCAGUAUUUUCUUGAAUAACAAAAAAGAUAUUAUUAAUAUUAGUUAUUCGCUUUGAUAUAAUUUAAUAAUAAAUAUAUUUACUUGGGGCGAUUGAAUAACAAAUUAAAAUAAUUUACAAUUUCUAUCGCACCGAUUAUGUGAUAUAAAGUAUUGUUUAAUUUGUGUCUGAUACAUAUGAUUAAACCUUAUAAAAAUAUUAAAAUAUAUUGAUUAAUUAACAUAGAUAUAGGUUUAUUAAUAACCCAGCGGGCGACGGUCGGCAAUAUGAUUAUCUAUUUUAAAAAACGCGAUGCAUCGGCCCGACUUUUGGCCAACAUAAUUGUUUUGUAUAAUUUUUCAAUGGCGCGCCAACGUGGUCAUUAUCGGCAUUAAGCUAAUGCCGCUGAUAAAUAUUUGCUGGAAAAUUUAUAAUGUUAUAUCAAAUUAAUAAUAAUAACUUUGUACAGAAUGUCCAGGAAAACAAAGCUCUUGAAAUACUGUAUAUUACAGGAUAAAAUAGUUUAGGCAAAUUAUUUGCCGUAAAUAUUUAUAUUCCAUGUACCUACCUAUAACAUUAAUAUAAUACUGUACUAAAUUGAUUGGGAUCAACUUUCUUUAUAAACGGAAUUGAACUUUUUUAUUCCUGGUGGUGCUAUAUUUUAAAUAAUAAUAAAUUUUAUUGUAUUGUAUUCAUUUACUAUAUUAGCAUUUGUUAUUAUGUAUUAUAUGAACUUCAGUUACCCCAUACUUAAACUGUAUUUUUAAUUAAAUAUGUGUGAAUUAUUCUUAAAUUUUUUCUUUAACCCAAACAAAAACCUAAUCCGUAAUAAAUCUUUAUUAAUUAAGGUAAUCUAAACAUUAAAAUAUAAUUUGUAAAGACAAUUUUAAAUUCAUAUAAGUCAUUUAAGUAUAAAAUUCAUUUGAAAUUUGAACGAAUAACAAUAAAUAGACUAAACAUAAAUAAAAGUAUAUUACACAAUAUAUUACACUCCAAGUAAAACCUCUAUAGAGUAGGUGAUGAAAAAUGAUGACAUUAAAUUUCCCACUAAAUUGCACACUAUUAAAUUAAAGUUCAUCAUUAACUGACUGCUUGUUUUUUCGUUUUCGCUUAUUUUUGAUUUUUGACAGAAUUUCGUAAGCUUGUUGAAUCUCCAUGAAUUUCUCCUGUGCUUCUCUUUGUUGGUCAGGAUCUUUAACUUUGUCUGGAUGGAAUUCCCUACUUAGCGUUCUCCAUUUGGAGGUUAUCUCCGAUUGGCUAGAGGAGGGACCUACUCCCAAAACCUUGUAGGCAUUUUGCUCUCCUUGCGGAUCCGAGAGCUCAAUUAUUUGUUUCCAAAUCUCGUACC